GUUUGGCAACAUCGGAGUGAGUGGUAUGCGAUCGGCGCCUAGAGCUGGCUAUAUCUUUUCGCUUCAGGAUACAAAUCAUCUAAAGGUUCAAAAUACCCCCAAUAACGGAGGACGAGUUGUCAACUGGCGGGGGAUUACCGCUGAGGUUGCUGAUGGACGAUGAAGAGGAGGACAUGUUUCGACCCAUCUCGCGUUGCUGGGGGACCCCAUUCAUGGACGUCAAAUUCGAGGACCGGGCUACACAGACAAACAGCUCUGCCGUCGUCCCUGGGAGAGGCAGCGGCAUGCUGCCCUGCCGAUUAGCACAAGAGUCCAGGCCCUUCUUCCGUGGCAACGCCGGACUUCGCUGGCAUUUCCCCGCGCUCUUCGAGCCCGCGCGGGGCCUCGGGGUCCUGGAGGACGAGCGGGAGGCUCCGCGUCCGGAGGGAGGCGAGGUGGAGGAGCGGCAGGUGGUGGUGGAGGGCCAGGAGCUGGAGGAGGAGGACGGCCCCAGAUUAGCCCAGAGGCCGCUGAGGGCGGGCGAGGAGGAGGAGGAGGAGGAGGACAACGAGCAGGAGGAGGCCCGCAUGAGCGUGGAGGUGCAGAUCGGACGCAAGCUGCGCGAGAUCGGCGACAAUUUCAACCAGGAGCAGCUGCAGAUGCUUGCCAGACACCAAAGAGACCAUCUGCCGCUGUGGUGGCGCGUUGGUGCCGCUGUCUUUGGCUACCUGCUCCAGAGGGUGGACGUGGCCCCUGCUGCCCGACACGGCAACCCAAGAUGAGGGGAGGGGGUGGGAGCGCAGGGGGUUUCCCAGCCACGCGCGCAGGGCCCCCCUGCAGCACUCUCCAGAGACUUUUCAUUUUCUGAUGGCACUGUAGGACUUUAUGACGGGUUUGGAUGGCACGGAUGGGAAUAAAUGACUGAACGAGACCGACUACCGGGGAAGGGUGGGUGAAGAAGAAGGUUGCUUUCUCCGCAGGACGGAGACAGAAUCUUUUUUGUUUGUUUGUUUGUUUGUUUGUUUGUUUGUUUUUCUUUUUUUCAAUGUUAUGAAGAAGCCAUGCUUUGUGAAGAGAUAUUUUUAAUGAAAAACAUAUGUAAGAUAAAGUAUUUUGUUCAGUAUGUUGAAAAAGUUUUUUUUUCUUUAUUGGUUUUGAUUUGUUCAUCGUUAAGGACCUUUUGACAGUUCAGCUAUUGCCUUACUCCUUCCUACAACAGUGGAAUAUCAACAAAUCAAAAUGGCGGAGAAUGGGAAGGGAAAGUUUGGUGGAGAUUCCAUGCUGAAGAAUCUGAACUUGAUGACAUGACCACAGUGCACUAUUAAUUCCACCGUAGCUGGUUGCGGUUUCUUGCUGGCUCAUUUGGACAGGUUUCUCUUCUGUGGUACUGAAUUGUUCUUAGAUAAUAGGUCAGUUUGACUUAUUUGCCAGUGGCUGUUGACUGAGAUUUUUCUGUAUCUCUUUUGCCUGUGUCUUAUCCCCUGCGGUCUUUAAACCCGGGUCUGCUUGGACCUUUAAGGUCCUCAGUAUGCUGGUCUUUUUGUGUCACAGGCUCAACAAUUGAGCCUGAUCUUUUUAUACUGAGCAGACCAAGAGACAUAAGCUCUUUUUUAUUGUCUCUUGUGGACUAGGCAAGCCUUUAUAACCACAAUAAGAACUGUCUUAUGAAUUGUCACUGAGAAACAAAUGCUUUUUUUUUUUACAUUUUCUGUGAACGUUUGUUUCUUACCUGAAACGAAGCAGUUAAAAAAUGAAUUUUGAAAUUUACUGUGAGCACAAAAUUCUUUCACACACACACACACACACAAAAAAAACAACCCGACAAGCUGAAGACAAAUCCAAACAGACUUGACCUGUGGUGGUUUUAUAAAGGUGCUAUUGUUUGGUUAUGACACAGUUCGACCACUUUAAGAAGUUCUCUUAGGCCUUUGCAUUCAACGCGUGUACACAACUGAGUGUGCGUAUGUGUUCAAAAGGAUGAUUUGCUGUUUUUGUACGAGUCUCUUUGAACACUCCCUCAGCGGGUCUAUUUGCACUUGAGCUGAUAAGCCCUGCCUAGUUCUCCGGAGCUACACCGCUAUGAUGGAGGCCGAUAGUCGCUCUGGAACCUUAAAGAUCAAAUGCUGUUGCAGUCAGAUCAGCACAAAUAAUGGCCGAUUCCCUUAGGAUCAAUCAUCUUUGCCUUAUUUGUCUAAUCUACCCAGGGGUCCCUUAAGACAAUAAA